AAACCUAGCUCACUUCAUUCAAUUUUCUUUCUUAUCUCUCAGUUUCCUCUUAACAAUGGCAGCGCCAGCGGCACCAAUCGAGUCCGUCCAAUGCUUCGGCCGCAAGAAGACCGCUGUGGCCGUCACCUACUGCAAGCGUGGGAGAGGCCUAAUCAAGAUCAAUGGUUGCCCAAUCGAGCUGGUUGAGCCCGAGAUCCUCCGUUUCAAGGCGUACGAGCCCAUCCUCCUCCUUGGACGACAUCGUUUUGCGGGAGUCGACAUGCGUAUUCGCGUCAAGGGCGGUGGGCACACCUCCCAGAUCUAUGCCAUCCGCCAGAGCAUAGCUAAAGCUCUCGUCGCCUUCUAUCAGAAGUACGUGGACGAGCAGAGCAAAAAGGAGAUCAAAGACAUUUUGGUCAGGUACGAUAGGACUUUGCUUGUAGCUGAUCCUAGGCGCUGUGAGCCUAAGAAGUUCGGUGGUCGUGGUGCUCGUGCCAGGUUCCAGAAGAGUUACCGUUGAGUUGGAUAUUUAUGCUCUAUGCUUAUGUGAUUUUGAAGAAUGUUUUGAGGUUUAUAUAUUGAGAUUUGAGAAGUAGAAUGUUAAUGGGUUUUUGUUAAUGUUGGUUUGUGAAGGGGUUUCUCUUCAUAGACUAAGUUCUUAAUUUUGUUGUCAGGAUAAUUUAAUCUUCAUGGCUAGUUGAUUAUAAGCAUCA